AUCCACAGCCGGGCGCUGCUGGGGCUCGGCGCGCUGCGGGAGCUGGACCUGAGCCACAACUACCUGACCGCGCUGACCCCCGACACCUUCCUGCCCCUCACCGGCCUGGCCACGCUCAACCUGGGCAGCAACAGGCUGGGGGAGCUGGAGCCUGGCGUGCUGGCUGCCUUGCCCCAGCUCCAAGCCCUUCUCCUGCAGGACAACCCCUGGGUGUGCAGUUGCAGCAUCCUGCCCCUCUGGCGCUGGCUCAGCCACCACAGGGAAAAAGUGCGAGAUAAGAGUUUGCUCCUCUGCAGAGUCCCAGAGCAGCUGAACAAGUAUCCCAUCAUGGCCUUUGGGGAUGAGUCCUUCAGGCAAUGCCAUGAGACCUCGCUGUCCUCCCAUCACUACAUUGCCUUCUUCAUCAUUGGGCCAUUCUCCUUCAUUGCCAGCAUCUUCUUCUGCACCUUCAUGGGCUCCAUGGUAGUGCUUUACCACAACCUGCGCCGGGAGUCCCACUGCUGGAGGAGACCUCGCAUCUGCAGGGUCCACUGA